AUGCCGUCGUCUCAGUGCCUGCAAGAUCCGCAAGUUUCCAGCCCCGAUCGCUAUCAAAGAGAGUGGUUAAAAUGGUCAGACGUAAAAUGUGGAGAGCAUCGAUUGUCUGAGCAUUCGGACGUCAUUGUGGUUGACCGUGCCAAAUAUGCCGGAAACAUUGGUUCCAUAUUGAGGCACAUGCCGCUCCUUGGUGGAGUACAAGUCCUCUUCUUGACAAACAGCGACCACAAGCGCACUUCACCCUAUCCAGUCUACACGCGUGGUUUUUUGAAGGAAGUGAUGAGGGUGUCCAUGGCUCGCAACUACCAGGAAUUUGGAAGCCAACUCUGCGUUCUAGAAGGCGGCGAUGGCAAAGAGGAGAUGCUAGACCUUUUGAAACUGCUCAAGUCAGCCGGGUUUAAGCGGCUCUUGCUCGAGAAUCAAGAAGUGUUCGAGGAAUUGUCAGCAUCUGGAAGGACUCUCCCUUGCGAUUCCAUCUUUGAGCAAGCCGUUUUGCAAGACUUUUCUGCCCCGAUCUUGUGGUGCACUGCGAUGCUGGCGCUUUCAUACCAAGCUGGGCGCGAUUGGGUUCCCAGAACGGUUUGCCCUCGGAUCAGAUCGGACACCUGGCACAGUCGACUGUAG